AAGAAAAAAAAAAUCAAGUGCCAAGUGUUAAGAGUGCUAAACGAAGUUCUUAAAAUAAAAAGAAGAGAAAUUUCAUAACCAAAUAAAACAAAUAAUUAGCCAAACGCUAGUCAAGCCAAGAUAAACGUGAAACUCAAACCAAGCAAAUUUGCCGUCGGAUUUUCUUAUUGAAACGCUGAAAAAAAAAACUUGUUGAGCGCGAUAGAGGGCCACGCCCCCCCAAAAAAAAACAAAAUAAAAUAAGUUAAAAAACCAAAAAAAAAAAAGGGAAAAAACAAACCCAAUAUAGAAUAUAUUUUUGCGCCUGCCACGUUGCCCGUAAAAGACGUCAAGACGGUUGCCUCACGGUUCGAGUGGAAUGAGCAUAGGGACCCUGGUCUUCCUUUCGAUCGAUCGGUGUACAAAGUCGUUAAACUGAGCCCCAACUUGGAGCCCUACCCCGCCAGCGUGGAGGGCCUGAACAGCCCCAGAGCGGUGGGGAUGGCCGCGACCUCGUACAUGACACCGCCGAGCGGUGAUCUGGACAUGGCCCUCGGUGGCGGUGGCUAUCACACCUCGUCGCCGCGUUCCGCCGCAGAUGCCGGUGAGAUGAAGUAUAUGCAACAUCAUCAUCAUCAUCAUGCCGCCGCCGCAGCAGCUGCCCAUCAUCAGUUGCCCUCGUCGCCAUCGCCAAAUGGUCAGGGUAAUGGCACCGGUCUCGGAUUGGGUCCCGGUUCAGGAUUGGGCUCAUGGAGUGCCCUACAUCCGGAUCCAUGGUCACUGCAAAGCCAUCAUACUCACCAUCAUCCCGCCGCCGCUGCCGUUGCUGCGGAUACUGUGAAGCAAGAGAUGUCACAUCUCUCCCAGCAAACGCGCAUCCAACAGGGCAUGGCCUCGCCCCAUGCUGCCUGGCAUGCUCCACACGCCGGACACUAUGCGUCAACGGGCGGUUCACCGUUGCAGUACCAUCAUGCCAUGAACGGGAUGCUGCAUCAUCCGGCACAUGCGGCUGCAGCGGCCCAUCAUCAGAGUGUGGCUCCACUGCAUCAUGCAUUGCGCGGCGAGUCGCCACAGUUGCACAUACACCAUCAUAUGGGCGGUGGCGAUCGGGAUGCUAUCAGCGGCGGAGAGGAGGACACCCCCACAUCCGAUGAUCUGGAGGCCUUUGCCAAGCAGUUUAAGCAGCGAAGGAUCAAGUUGGGCUUCACCCAGGCCGAUGUGGGCCUGGCAUUGGGCACCCUCUACGGCAACGUAUUCUCUCAGACAACCAUUUGCCGAUUCGAGGCCCUGCAAUUGAGCUUCAAGAACAUGUGCAAGCUGAAGCCACUGUUGCAGAAAUGGCUGGAGGAGGCGGAUUCCACAACGGGCUCACCGACGUCCAUUGACAAGAUUGCCGCCCAGGGGCGUAAGCGCAAGAAACGCACCAGCAUCGAGGUGAGCGUUAAGGGGGCACUGGAACAGCAUUUCCACAAGCAGCCGAAGCCAUCGGCCCAGGAGAUCACCUCGCUGGCCGACUCCUUGCAACUGGAGAAGGAAGUGGUGCGCGUUUGGUUCUGCAAUCGGCGGCAAAAGGAGAAGCGAAUGACGCCGCCAAAUACGUUGGGCGGUGAUAUGAUGGACGGCAUGCCGCCGGGUCAUAUGCAUCAUGGUGGCUAUCAUCCGCAUCACGAUAUGCAUGGCAGUCCAAUGGGCACCCAUUCCCACUCCCAUAGUCCGCCCAUGCUGAGCCCACAGAAUAUGCAAUCCUCGGCAGUAGCGGCGCAUCAGUUGGCGGCCCACUAGCAAUCAGAAAUCCAGGAGUCGAACUCAGCUGCAGCUGCGUCCACUCCUGCAUCCCUUAAUAGUCUAAGCCAGCAACAGCAACAGCAACAGCAGCAGCAGCAACAACAGCAGCAGCAGCAGCAACAACACCAGCAACAGCAGCAGCAACAGCAACAUCAACAGCAGCAACAUACACCGAAUACACCAUCUUCCAGUGCGGGUUCAUCGGCAACGAUGACCAGCCAGGUGAUGUCGCCACAAAGUCCGCUGGGCAGCUCCUCUGCUGGCAAUCAGGCUAAUAACAACAAUAAUAACAACAACAAUAGCAGCACCAACAACAAUAAUAACAACAACAAUAACGAGGAGCAAGUUAAACACCACCAGCAACAACAACAACAACAGCAACAACAGCAGGCAUCCAGCAUAGCAGCCGCUGCAGCAGCCGCCAUGUACAUGGAUCCAAUGCGCUAUCAACAUCCACACCACCCGCAUCCACAUCCGCACCAGCAUCCGCACCUAAAUCCCGCCCACCAUCCGCACCUGUUCCAUACCAGCGAUCAGUUGCAACAUUCCCAGCAACAGACCGUCGGCGGCGGUACCAGUAGCAAUUCCCAAUUGUCACCCGGCGCCGGUAGUAAUAGUGGUUUACCGCUUCAGCCGCCCAGUUCUGCCUCGCCCGCUGGUUCCACAUCCUCCGUACUCGGUGGCCAUCUCAACUUGAAUCCGCUGCACCAGCACCAUCACUAUCAGCAUCAUCAUCACCAGCAGCACCAUCACCACCAGCAGCAGCAACAGCAGUUGCACGCCCGCCGUCUCUUCGAGCUGAGUUUGCAAUUUGGAGCGGCGGCGGCACCGGGAGCGGUACGACACUUCAAUAGCUUCGGUGGGGCGGGCGGAGCGGGCGGUGAAUAGCAUUCGUCGGCCGCCUGGUUCGGCUAUGAGUCCUCCUAGGAUUCGGUGUCGAACGGGUGGCCGCAAUUCAAGCGGGAGCAGCCCUAGAACAGUCGUACAGUCGAACUUCUCUAACGUGAAUUUUAUUUAAAGUUUAACUAAUUCUGAGAAUUUUUGAAUAUUUCGUAAGUCGAAAAUGAUAAUUUUUGGAUGUUUUUAAUAACUUAAAAAAAAUCAAUUUUCUAAAGAAAACUAAAUUCCUGUUAGACAAGCUCGACUGUAGGUAGAACUAUGAGAAAAUAGAAAUAAGAUGAGGUCCGAUGAUGAGGUUGAGAGAUCAUCUUUUUUACCAGUGCAUUAAUCUGUGUUAAACUUCAGCUUAGAGAGGGGGAGCAGGGAAGAGAUGGGAGGGGAGAGGAGGCUGCCAUCCACCAGUUUAGUUUGUUUUGAAAGUUUGAAAAACUUGCUUAAAUUAAAUCAAAUUAACUAAAUUAAAUGUAAAACGAUAAACAAAUUUCCUUUGUAUAAAGCGAAAGAAACACGCAAUUCAAAUCAAACGUGAAACCAAGUGAUGUUGUUUUUAACCUAAAAACUAAAUGCUAAAAAUUAAACUAAAAAAUGAAAACAUAUAUAAACUAAAC